AUGGAACGUUUCACAGAGACAAUCUACCUUCCCCAUGACGUAUGGGUAGCCAUGACCAUUAAAGUCACGUCAAACUUCCUUCAGGACUUGCGCAGUCUCAUAAUGACAUGUAAGGCUACGCGCGAGGCAGGAGAUGAGGAUAUUGUGCGCAUUAGUGCUUCUAUACCAGGGCCGCAUGCCAUUAGGUGGAGUUGGUACCAAGACCCGGGUGCAACGAGAUUCUUUCACCGGUGCAAGGAGAGUGGCCACCCGGAGCUUCAAUUUUGGGACGCGAUACAAGAGCUCUUCAUUCGAUGUCACCAUGACAUUGGGAUGCAAAUGCUCCACAAUGCCAAAAUUAAGGGCCAUGACGCUGCCAAGUACGCACUGUCAAUGAUGUUGCUCAUUCGUAAGGAUGACAAGGAGGCAAAAAAAUAA